UUCACUUUAAAAUCUUGCAUCAAAAGCAAGGCAAUGAGUUAACAGUGGCUACAGCUCAUGUAGGUGAAGUCUGUCAAAUGUAUAAAACAAUAGCACAUUUGGUGGCAAUGGCUGUCAACAUUAGUAUACAAUUUCCAGAGAAUAAUGCUGUCUGUUGCCCUGAGCAUGAGGUAAAAUGACUUGUUAAUUAUGUAUAUUUCUUUCUUUCUUUUCUUUCUAUUUGGAUAGAUGCCAAAUAGUUUCUUCUCAACCUUUUGGCUUCAGGGAUGAGGAGCUGACAUAAUAUUGGAUUGGAUCUUGUUGGACUUUGUAGCUUAGGCGAGUAAUAAAUUCUGCUUCAGCAGAGCGAAGAGACGGGCAGAAUGCUGUGACUCGCUAGUGCAAGAUGUAGGAUCUUAGGAUCUGGCAGCCUGGCUCUCCUCAAAGGUGGCCUUUGACCACCUUUAACAACAAAGACGUACACCCAGUGCUGUAAGAGGGGAAGGGCGUUCUGCCCGCAGAAGGACAGUGUGCUGCCUUCAGAGUCAAAAUCAGGGGUGGUUGACCCAUCUAGAUGCACUUUGCUGCUGUUACUUAUUGCCUCAGCCACGGCCAUAAAUCUGGGAAAGGUUUUUGCCCAGCUUCCUUUUGGGAGAGAGAGAAGCACCCAAUGUUUACCCAGGAAGUCCUUAAGAGAACACGGCCUUGAACUCGAGUGGAUCACUUGUCUCUGCACUGCAAUAAAGACAUAUAACCACGGGUGCCUAUAAAAGCCCAAGGAAGGCCGUGGUUUGCUCUCCAUUUCAAGACAAGUGCCCACACGAUUGGCCUUUCCCAACGUCUUGUCAGAGUUCUUCGCAGAUGGCCUCAGGGGGGAUGGUAGGCAUCCUUUGCAGGACACCUCUCUUCAUCUUUGCACUUUUGCCUUGUGCUGUCACAGGCACCCAUCUGGCUAUCAAUGGCAACACUACUGGCUACCAUCUGUCAACAAAGCCAGGUGUGGCAGAGUCCCUCGUGUGCACAGUGCACAAUAACAGCCAGGGAGAAGAGCUGCUCUGGUUCCGAGGGGACACGCAGGUCGACCUGAAAGAUGGAAACAAAGUGAAUGCCAGCAGCGUCUGCAUCUACCCCGUCGCUGUGGAUGACAACGGAGUUUCCUUUACCUGCAAGUUGGCCCGAGAUGGAUCUGUCAUGAUCUCUGUGGUCCUGGAUGUCCGUUUUCCCCCCAUCCUCAGCGGAGAAGACCUUUCCCCACAGGAAGAACAGACUGAUGUGACACUGGAUUGCCACACAAAGGCCAACCCUCCUGCUCAGAUGGCCUGGUAUAAGGACAACAGCAUUCUGACCCUGGAGAAAUCCCGUCACCACAUUUAUCAGACCAGCGAGCUCUUUCAGUUGACCAUUGCAAAGGCCCAGAUAUCCGACAAUGGGAUAUACACCUGUGUGGCUAGUUUGGGUGGGAUUACAGAGAAGAUGGAUUUCCACCUGACGGUUGAAGGAGGGAAGCUCCCUUUCCCAACGGAGGCUGUCAUUGCUGCAGCUGUGGUCGUUUUUUUCACUAUCCUUUUUGGCAUUGUGGCUCGAUGGAAGCGGAUUGCAAAGUGCUUUGGGAUAGGGUGCAACUCGUCAAGCAACACGUCUCUGUGAAGGAAUUCCUCCACUGGAGCAAGCAAAGGAGCAC